AGAAAGAAUGGCACGCUGUUCAUUUGGACCAGUUUCCUCGUGCUCUGUCCACGGAGCUUAGAGAAGCUGGCUCUGAGUCCGGGAAGUCACUGUGUUCCUAGGGUUUUUCACCAUGAGUCGAAGAAGAAUAUCCUGUAAAGAUCUGGGCCACGCUGACUGCCAGGGUUGGCUGUACAAGAAAAAGGAAAAGGGAACUUUCCUAAGCAACAAAUGGAAAAAGUUCUGGGUGGUGCUGAAGGGGUCAUCGCUGUAUUGGUAUAGCAAUCAAAUGGCAGAGAAAGCAGAUGGAUUUGUCAACCUGUCAGAUUUCACAGUGGAAAGAGCCUCUGAAUGCAAGAAAAAAAAUGCAUUUAAGGUCAAUCACCCACAGAUCAAAACCUUCUACUUUGCAGCAGAGAAUUUGCAGGAAAUGAAUGUGUGGUUAAACAAGCUUGGAUUUGCUGUGACCCACCAGGAAUCCACCACAAAGGAUGAAGAAUGUUACAGUGAGAGCGAGCAGGAAGAUCCUGAAAUAGCUGUGGAGGCGCCGCCCCCUCCGUUCGCUUCCGCAACUUCCUCUCCUGUGGUACGUGUCGAUGCUGCACGACGGGCAUCCUCUUCCUCACCUAAACGGAGAGAAACAUCAUGCUCUUUCUCUUCUCUGGAAAGUACAGUAAAGGCACCCAGCCGGUUUUCUUCCUCGGGAUCUAAAGAAAGACAGUCCUGGCAUGAUGUAGGUAACAGCUCGCCUGCUACUGAAGAUGUGGGGCAUCCCCUGACAUUUGCUGUACAGCUCCACACCACACUUGCCUUCUCAGAAGCAAGCACUUGCCAGGCCCCAGAAAACAGCUCCAUCACACCAGAAAGUGGGUUUUUGAACUCGUUGUCUAGUGAUGACACUUCUUCACUGAAUAACAAUCAAGACCAUCUAACAGUCCCAGACAGAGCUGCUGGAUCAAGAAUGAUGGACAGAGAAGAAAUAAAAUCAUCUGAAGAUGAUGAGAUGGAAAAACUGUAUAAGUCUUUGGAGCAGGCUAGCCUCUCUCCUCUUGGAGACCGGCGACCCUCAACCAAGAAGGAGCUGAGAAAGUCUUUUGUGAAGCGAUGCAAAAACCCAUCGAUAAAUGAGAAGCUGCACAAGAUCAGAACCUUGAACAGCACAUUAAAGUGCAAAGAACACGAUUUGGCUAUGAUCAACCAGCUGCUGGAUGACCCAAAGUUGACAGCCAGGAAGUACAGAGAGUGGAAGGUCAUGAACACCCUGCUGAUCCAGGACAUCUAUCAGCAGCAGGUACCUCAGGACCCUGAAGUCACUUCUCAGGAAACCAUGAACCCCACCUCUUCUGACUGUGUGGAAAAUUCUCUUUGAGCAGAUGCCCGGACCCUACCCCCCAUCCCUGUUACUAUACCAUUCUACAGGAUGCUGCCAAGGGCACACAUUUCUGCCUACAAGGAAACCCCAACCCCAGUUCCUGAGACAUCAUCCAUCCCUCCCAAGGAUGCAACCCAGGUGAAGCCAGUUCCGAUGCAGUGGGAGUCCUGGCUGUCAGACGUUGCCUUCCUCAAUAUUGGAAUGGAGUGAUGGAGCUCAUCAGAACAGGCAUAGCUUCUGUACUCCUACUGGGAGCUGGCAGGAAUACUAGGCUUUAGGUGGGAUGUGAAAUGGGUAAACCCCCUCUUUUUGCUUUCAAGAGAAUUAUAACCUGCCAUCAACAAAAGGCUCAGUUUUACUAGGGAUAAUAAUCCAUGUUAUUAUUUUGUUUUGCAAAAGAAGCAUGUAGAACUCCCUUGGGUGGGCAGCAGAAAUGUUACAAGUGGAGGGAUUUCUUCCUUACUAGCUACUGGAACUGGACGCAUGUCGGCAUUUGUGGAACACAAGGCUCUUCUUAAUGUUGAUGUUCUAUUUGCUGAGGACUUAUUUGCAUGGUGGGGGCGGAGGAUGGAGAGCCCAAGGAGGAGGGAUUUUUCCUGUUCCACUCAGAGGACAGCUUCAUAAGUUCAUGCUUUGCCUAGGGCGAGGGACGUGAUUAAUAUGCCCCUUCCUCACAAUGUCUAGGAGACGGACUAUCACAGGACCCUUGGAGAUGUUGCCCCCCCAUCCCCAGCUUCUCUGAACAGUGGUAGGAUAGUAAUACCCACUGCAAGGAAUGUUAUAUUAAGUUCAUCCCUGCCUGUGGUGCCUAGACCCAGCAUGAAUUCAUGUCCAGUUUUCCUGAGUUCCAAAUUCACAAGGUUACUUUUGAAUUGUUCUUAACUUGGAAAAGAACCUGGACCAGCAAAACAACAACAAAACGGUUAAACGGGAUCAUUUUAUUUUUGUAUGUUUAUGUGUCAAAUGGUGGAAGAUGUGAACAGUGAUCUAUGUUUCUUAUUUAAAUAUAUUUAUAGAAAUGCAAAUUAUAGUGUUCUGAAAGAAAGUGUACUAUUAUGUGUUGUUCAACAUAUAUAUAUAUAUAUAUUCUAGAAGCAUAUCAUUUUUGCCUGGGAAAAAUAGGUAUAGUAGUGACUUACUGGAAUUGUAUUGCACUAUGAUAUAUGAAGAAUGCUCAGGAAAUCUCUAGAGAAAACCAUGGGAGCAUGUAUUAAUAAUUAGUAAUUUUCUGAAUGCUUUCUUUCCAUUACAACCCCACCCCCAACUCCAGAGAUCUUAAAUUUCAAUGCCUGUUACACAUCAUUUUCUUAACCAGCUCCUUAGGUUAGCUCUUCUGUUUAUAAAGGUGAAGCUUUAUGAUAUUUAGCUGCCAUGAGUUAUAGACCCAAAGGUACACAUCUCAUUAACUACUGGGCCAAAUAAAAUAUAAGUAAUAUAAUUCCCAACUAAAUAUGAACACAAAUUAAAGUUUGAUGUUAAAGAGAUCUCAAGGAGAAAUAAUACAUUAAUCACAAUGACGGCUUCUAAAUCAUAACCUUAAUUCACUAGGAACCCAUGUGAGUUUCACCUGCCCUUUGAAAAUUGUUGAUAUAUCUACUCAUAGCAUCAAAGGUGGCUUCAUAUUAUAGUGUCAAAGGUGGUUCGACAAUUUCGAAUAGAAGUAGCUACCUGAUCUGUAUCUAUAAAGUAAAUGUAAAGAAUUGUUUAAUAUUUCCCUAUACGUCACCAAGACUUUUUUGUACACUGAAAUGAAAAACAAUCCUUGCCUUAAGAGAGAAAAGUAGAGAGAAAGCAACGAGAAGCUAGAAGAUUGGCUAAGUUGAGAGAUAAAGCCUCAAGAUGAGCUGAGAGAGGACCCGCUGGGGUCCUCCAUCUGCAUCCUAUGCAGCUUGAGAUGCUAAUGCCUGUCAGGAUUGUUUCCUUUCUCUCCUGUGGCUAGAGGCUGUUCUGAGGGCAAUGCUUUGAGUGAAAGGAAGCAUUGGGGAGAGGCGAAUUAGCAUUGGAACAAAAACUAGCCUGCUAAAAAAUACUCACUCAUAUCUUUUAUUAGCAACACCCCUUUACAGACUUCCAUCCUCCCUCCAGUGGAAGCCCCAAACAUUUUUUAUGAGGGCUGAUUGCUAUAUUGAAACGUUUUACUCUGGCUUUUCAUUCAUACAUAUUGAACUGACCUUUGAAUGUAAACUCCUUUAGUAACUCAGAUCUAAAGGCAAAAUUGGCUGGUAAGUUUGCUUGACCAAGCCAUGGGGUUAUUUUUCAGGGCAACUUCAAGAAAGCCAGAGCAGAAGUUUCUGCUUUGGUAGAACCAGCCUGCUGAAUGUUCCCAAGUCAUUCUCAGUGGUGUCCUGACCUCCUAGUCACGAACCAACCACCCCCUGUUCCCCAGUUCUGUAAAUAAAUACCUUCUCACUCUGCGCUAGGUUUAGUUAGGGAGUAGGGGUGCUUCUGUGGGCACCCAGCCUCAGCUGUGAUCCUAAGAGGAGGGUGAGGUCAGAUGGGAGUGAGAAGAAGAGUAGGUGACACUUCUGGAGCCCCCCCAUUGAAGAGGAACCAUGAGGAGCUUUCUCUUGGUCUCAAGUCUCUUGCCUGGUUCUAGAGAGUGGGGAACUAGAGAUCUCUUCUAGUUAAUGGCUGGGAAAUGGAUUAGGGUUAGCCAGUGGGAGCCCAGGGGAGACUUGACUGUGUCUCUGGAAUGCUCUGUGCUGGUUCAUCCUUCUCAGGACACCAGUGGUGGAUCUUUGAGCAUGAGUCUUUCAGAACCCAUGGCACUGGUUAAGGAUGAGGCUUCUCUGGGGGGGUGGGAGGAGGGGAUGAGGGGAGGAGGGCUUUAUUUUUUUCCUGGUCUGAAGACUCAAAUGGGAUCCUGGCGGGAGACCCUCACUAGUUGAGAUGUUGCUAACAUGCAUCAGUCCCACAUUUUUCUAUUGCUUGGGGGAUGUCUGUCAUUAGUUCUCCCCCAUCGCUUUAAUCUGAGGUUAGAGGAGUCCCAGAAAGAUGCUAGAGCAAACAGUUGUUAGGAUUCCAACAGGCCAAGAAAGAGGUCGGGUUUGGAGUCUGAUUUUCUGUGCAAACCCAUGCCUUAUGUUUGCACAGAUCUUUGAAAUUUGCAAACCGUGUGUUCCAGACCCCCUUCCCUGCAUCCCAUCAUCCCAUAAGCUAGUCGGGAUGAUUGUGAACUAUGGGUAUAAUGAAAUGCCUGGCUCAAAGCCCCAAGUGAUACAGCCAGAAUCUGAGUUUGAAUUUCAGGUCAGUCAGCCCUCUCUGCAGAGGAGGAAUGAUUGUCUCGGCUUAGCCUGCUGGGGGACAAAUGGUCUGACUUGGCUCCUGUACCCAUUACCCUGGGUUCCGCACACCUGGCUGCUGCAGCUUCUGCUGAAUGCCCAGAGGCACUGGCGUGGGCAGUCUCUCCCUGAAGGUCCUGCCGCCUUGCCCCUGGGUUUCCUGAGAACUGGGGCUUGCUUGACCUGAGUGUUGUUUCUUUUAUUCCCUUCUAUAAAAGACACUAUGUUACCACUGUGAGGACUUUAAAGCUAAAGGAUAGAAGUCUUUAAAGAGAUGGAAAAUGCUUAUUUUGCUACUUUUUCCUUUUGAGAUGUGACCUGCCACAUCAGGUAUCAGAGACUUAGGGAUUAGAAAUGAGUCACGGGAUUGUGAUGAGGCUCAUUUCCUCAGGGAGGCUCCAGACCACAUUGUCAUGGAGAGGGAACAAAGGAAAAGAAAAAUAGUUUUCAGUCUUUUGAGGAGAGAUACUCUACUGAUGAAAGCCAUAUUUAAUUUUACAGACACAGGCUUCUUUGUAAGAAGAGAACGACAAUAUUUUGAUAUAGCAAUAAAGAUGAUCUAGGUACAGAGGGUGACUGUUCAAAUGUCACAGUGUGUUGAAGCGGUGCUGUGCCCGAAUGCAGUUUUAGAUUGUAGCUCUGCUUCUGGCUAAUGGAAUAGGAUGUAUAAAGAAGGUCCAAUCUCCUUCCCAUCAAACACUUCUGUAUACUCACCCACAAGAGAAAUCCAAUCCCAGAUGUAGGUGGUGACUGCCUGCUUAAGGCUUUUGUCACCCAUAAUAGUAAAAGCCCCUCACAUUAGAUUUUUUAAUCUCUGUGAAAUGAAUGGGGCAGAGGGAUGUUCCAUUCACAGAAACCCAACCUUCUCAAGCCACACCAUGCCACUUGCAGCACAUGAAAACGGACCCUGCAUUUUAAAAAGAAACUUUUCCAUUUCCCUUGUUGUAAAGAAACUUGAUUGUUCUGUAUUGAUGUCUCUUUAGCUUUAGUCCAAAGGGAAGCAUGCCCCAUAGAGACAUUUGCCAUCCUGUAAAAAAAAAAACAUGGUUCAAGUCACCACAUGUUCUGCUGUUGCAUGGUGGGGAUGGGGUUCAACAAUGCAUGGUAUGGGGCAAGAUGUUAAUGUGGGGUUGAUACCUUAUCUGUCAUUGUGCUUUUGGUCAUUGUCAUCUCUCUGUUUUGACGAAACUGAAAACACGAGGCAUGCCUCAUUUUUCCUGUUCCCAGAAUGACAUGUAAGAUAAAGAUAAAAUGCACACUGUCUAGUAAAACGGUAUGAAAAAAGAAGUUGAAAUACA